AUGGCGCGUAGACCUGCUCGUUGUUAUCGUUACUGCAAAAACAAGCCUUAUCCCAAGUCUCGUUUUUGCCGAGCCGUACCUGAACCAAAAAUCAAGAUAUACGACGCAGGAAAAAAGAAGGCGGAUGUCAGUGAAUUCCCCGCAGUAGUUCACCUCAUUUCUGGGGAAUACGAGCAAAUUUCUUCUGAAGCAAUCGAAGCGGCUCGUGUUGCCGCCAACAGAUAUAUGAUUAAAAAGGUUGGAAGAGAAGGUUUCCAUCUCAGAAUUCGAGUACACCCAUACCACGUCAUCAGAAUAAAUAAAAUGCUUUCAUGUGCCGGUGCCGAUAGACUUCAAACUGGUAUGCGUGGCGCUUUUGGUAAGCCCACCGGUCUUGUUGCCCGUGUAAACAUUGGACAAACUCUGAUGUCUAUUAGAUGCAAGCAAGACAAACUUCCUGAAGCUUUCUCUGCUCUCAACAGAGCUCGAUACAAGUUUCCAGGUCGCCAGACCGUUUUCAUCUCUAAAAAAUGGGGUUUCACCAACCUCACUGUUGACGACUAUCUUAGCCUUAAGGACGAGGGCAAGAUUGUUUCAGAUGGUGUUACUUGCAAGAUUGUCAGAGCCAAGGGUCCUUUAUCUAACACCUUCCCUGAAGCCGCUAAUAUUUCUAUCCCUCUAUAA